CGUCAUCAGGCUGCGCGUCUUCUGUAGUGGCGGGUGGCUGGUCAUAGUAAAUAUGUCUUAAAUCGUUACGUGUUCCCUGUGAUAUGAGAGUAGUUGUAGUGUGAACUGCUCAUCCUGGCGGAAGUCUAGAUGCUCAUAUCUGACGUCUGUUUGCCAUGAGGCUGAAACUGAGGAACAUCUUUCUUAUGUAUUUUGUGGUUUCCAGCGCUGGUCUCCUGUAUGCAUUGCUGCAGCUUGGUCAGCAAUGUGACUGCACACAUCAAAUGAACCCUGCCAAUGAUGUUCACAGAAGAGAUAACUCACGCCGUCGUGGUGCAGAGAAUUUGCCCGUUAUAUAUGUAGUAACACCAACGUAUGCAAGACCUCAUCAGCGGGCUGAACUUACUCGCCUGUCCCAGACAUUACUUCUUGUCCCUGCUGUUCACUGGAUCUUGGUAGAGGACUCAGCAGAGCGCACUACUUUAGUGGCUGGUCUGCUGGCCCAGAGUGAAUUGCAGUACACCCACCUACAUGUGCAGACCCCACUGGCAAUGAAAAUGAAAGACUCAGACCCAAACUGGUUGAAGCCACGUGGAGUAGAGCAACGAAACAAAGCUUUACGUUGGCUGCAUGAGAACAGGUCAUCCAAGAACCCUGGAGUUGUAUACUUUGCUGAUGAUGACAACACAUACAGUAUUAAAAUCUUUGAGGAGAUGCGUUAUACACAAAAAGUAUCUGUCUGGCCAGUUGGACUAGUUGGAGGGCUCCGUUAUGAAGGUCCACUGGUGACUGGUGGUAAAGUAGUUGGCUUUCAUACAGCCUGGAAGACACACAGACCAUUUCCUAUGGACAUGGCUGGAUUUGCAGUGUCGUUAUCACUACUGCUGAGUCAUCCAAACACACAGUUUGACCCCAAUGCAGAGAGAGGUUUUCUGGAGAGCAGCCUUCUGGGAUCAUUGGUGACAGUUGGGGAAUUGGAGCCCAAAGCAAAUAAUUGUACUAAGAUCUGGGUGUGGCACACAAGGACUGAAAAACCUAAACUCAAGCAAGAAGACCUUCUGGAGAAGCAGGGGAAGGGAUCGGAUCCUAAAAUUGUAGUGUAAUGUAAGCACUAAAUAUGUGACUGUAUUUUAUAAUAGAUAGCAGAUCAGUUCCCUGAUAUGAAAUGCUCAGAAAUCAUGUAAUGGCAUUGCUGGAGUCUCUAUGCACUACACAUUCUUCUCAAGAGCAAACUAUAGUUCUUCACAGUAUUUCUGCACUGGGAGAGAUUUAUACAUGGACAGUAAGUAAAUUUAAUUUGACUUAUUAUUGUCAUCUCUUUUAUAUCUA